CGGUGAUAAGCCCGUCUAUGAAACUGCGUCACACUGUCGCAGUGUAAGAGCACGUUUAAUUGUGUGACUUAAAUUUGGCACUAGCUUUAACGCUGGUCUGACUGCACUUUACUUGAUUGAUGGCGUGUCCUGUGAAUCACUCGGUGGAGCUGAACCCGGGCCUCCUCCCUCUCGACUGGCUGCUGGGUACCUGGGAGUGUGAUGAACCAGGGGAGGGCUGCUUUCCCACCAUUAAACCUUUCCGCUACACAGAGACGCUGCACUUCAGCCAUGUGGGGCAACCAGUUAUCAACUUCAUGUUCAAUGCGUUUCAUGCAGAGUCUAAAAAGCCUCUGCACAGAGAGUGUGGUUUCAUUCGAAUGCAGCCGGGGACAAACAGAGUGGCAUUCAUCAUCGCACAGAACUCAGGUCUGGUGGAGAUUGAGGAGGGAGAGCUGACAGGGCAGCAGCUGAACCUGCAGUCCCAGUCUCUAGCCAGAGUCUCUUUUGCCAGGGAGCCUCAUGUACAGCAGAUUUGUCGAGUGUUUCAGCUACGACCUGAUGGGAAGCUGGAACAGACAGUUUCCAUGGCAACAGACAACCAGCCACUGGUGCAGCACUUGCACAUCGUUUACCGCCGGGCAUCUUGACCUAACAGGACACAGGCUUAUUAUAUAUAGAAAUACACUGAUCAGUAAUCACAGCUGCAUCUGAUCAUUAUAUAAACAAAUAUACAGCCAUACAGUGUUAUUCUUUUAUAAUGAUAUAUGGUAAAGGAAUUAUAGAGUCAUGUACCAGGGAAAUAUAAAUAAUGUGAAAAAACUAAGUCAUUAAGUCGAUCUUACAUCACAUUACAUACAGUAAUAUCAGAAUUGUUCAGACACAUGGAGUCUAAGUCAAACAUUAAACAAAAAAAUAAAGAUUCAUAUUGCACUUCCAUUUGGUUGUUACACUUAAGGGCCUCGGUUGGUUAAGGGUGCUUGAGCAAUGUUAUUAUUUAUUGUCAUGAUGUUUAAUCUGUGAGCUGUAAAGCUCUUCAGUGCAGAAUUAAUGGAAAAUACAUACAGUGUCCUUAUUUGUAUAUUUGUCUUUCACUGUGCUAUUAAAAGAAGAUAAGCUAAAGCAGCUGCUGUGCUAGAGUCUGCUCAGUCACAGGGGAUUGUUUUUAUAUUGCAUAAGGGUAUGGUUCAAGACAGAAAAUGUGUCCAUUUAAGGUUACUGUUCCCUUCGUAUGUUUUAAGAUGUCAAAGUUUAGUCUUUUUUUUGAGGGGACAGCUUUGCUGUUAUACAUUAAUGUUUAUAUAUCGGAAAGAUUAAAAUAAACUCACUUGUUUUUGCCUA